AUGGCAUAUGCCGGUUUCCGCUUCGUCAAGGCAAUUUUGUCAACAGGAAAUGGCGAGGCUGUGACGGAGGAGGCAUAUGUGUAUCUGCCGGGUGUUCCAGGUGGAAAGGCAAUUGCCUCUCAGCUUGGCGUCGAUUAUUUUGCUGUCAAGACUGUACUGGGAAAGGAUGGUGCGACCGAGGUCCUCCCCAUUGGCGAUUUAUCUCAGAAUGAGAAGAGGCUGCUUGAAAUUGCCCUGGAUGAGCUCAAGACAAACAUUUCAACUGGAAUUUCUUUCAUGUCUGCCUAA